AUGGCUCGGUUUUCUCCUCAACAAAGUCGUCCGGUUCACGCGACUCCCUUCAUGAACCACUCCACCACUCCUUCGUAUGUCGCCGUCGCAGAUGCCAACUAUGACACCGCCAACCCUUCCUAUAUCCGCAAGUACCUGCGCACCUACGGCCUCACGCCUCCUCGCUCCGAGAGCUAUGAAACACAAAAGACCCGUUGCCUGUCUCAGCUUGGCCUGAAGAACACCGAUAUCGACAAGUUCCAGUACCUCAGCACUCUCCGCAAGAACAAUGUUCACCUCUUCUACCGUCUGGUCACCGACCACUUGAGGGAGCUGACGCCUCUGAUCUACACCCCCGUCGUGGGCGAGGCCUGCCAGCGUUGGUCCGAGAUCUAUCAGCAGCCCGAAGGUAUGUACCUGAGUUGGGAAGAUCGCGGAAAUCUGGCGGCCGUCAUCGCCAAUUGGCCCCAGCCGAAUGUCGAGAUCACAUGUAUCACCGAUGGCUCCCGCAUCCUCGGACUGGGUGACUUGGGCAUCAACGGCAUGGGUAUCCCCAUUGGCAAGCUCGCUCUGUACACGGCUUGUGCCGGUAUCCGUCCCGAGGCCACCCUGCCUUUGACCCUUGAUCUGGGUACUAGCAACAAGACCCUCCGGGAAGACCCGCUGUACAUGGGUUCCCGCCGUGACAAGAUCAGCCCCGAGGAGGAGCGUGAAUUCUUGGACGAGUUGAUGUCGGCUCUGACCGAGCGCUGGCCUGGUAUUGUCAUUCAGUUCGAGGACUUCAAGAAUCCUUUCCCCGCUCUGGAGCGUUACCAGAACAACUACACCUGCUUCAAUGACGACAUCCAGGGUACUGGCGCUGUCAUCCUUGGCGGUGUCAUCAACGCUGUCAAGCGUUCCGGUCUCGCCUGCAAGGACCAGCGUGCCGUUUUCUUCGGUGCUGGCUCCGCCGGUGUCGGUGUCGCCAAGCAGAUUGUCGACUUCUUCGUCCGCGAGGGCAUGUCCGAGGAGGAUGCCCGCAACUGCUUCUACCUCGUCGACACCAAGGGUCUCGUUACCGCUGACCGUGGUGACAAGCUCGCCGACCACAAGGUCUACUUUGCUCGCCAGAACAACAACGGCCAGCAGUUCAAGACCCUAGAGGAGGUUGUUGACCACGUUCAGCCUACCAUCCUCAUGGGUCUCUCCACCAUGGGCGGUGUCUUCACCCCCGAGAUCCUCCGCAAGAUGGCUGACUGGAACACCACCCCCAUCAUCUUCCCCCUGUCCAACCCCUCCUCCAAGUCCGAAUGUGACUUCGAGACCGCCGUCAAGGCCACCGAUGGCCGCUGCCUCUUCGCCUCGGGCUCCCCCUUCCCCACCAUGUCUUUCACCAACUCCCAGGGCCAGACCAACACCCACUACCCAGGACAGGGUAACAACAUGUACGUGUUCCCCGGUAUCGGCUUGGGCAGCAUCCUCUCCAAGGCCGUCCGUGUCACCGACAACAUGAUCUACGCCUCCGGCGAAGCUCUCUCCAAGGCCCUUACCGCCGAGGAGAUCGAGCGCGGCCUCCUCUACCCUGACAUCACCCGCAUUCGUGAAGUCAGUGUCGUCGUCGCCCGCAAUGUCAUGCGCGCCGCCCAAGAGGACAAGGUCGAUCGCGAGGUCGCCCUCCGCAACAUGUCCGACAAGGACCUCGACAACUACAUCAAGGUCCGCAUGUACGAUCCCCACACUGAGGUCCGCUCCCUCGAGCGCGAAGUCGGCCACCUCCUCUCCAGUCUGGGCAACCUCACCCCCUUCUCAUCCGGUUCCCCUACCGAGGAGGUCAACGGAACCCCGUACAAGCUGUAA